CAAACUCCCCCUCCCCCGCCUCACUUCCCUCUCUCUGUAAUAAAACCACUCAGCCUCCACCAAAAAACCGCCAACUCCCGGUUCGCGCCACCGGUCCUCCCCGCUUUCCGGUAGAUCCGUUUGGUUCGCCGAGAAAGUUAAUCAGAAACGCCGCGCGACCGAAUGAUGACGUCGGGAACCAGAAUGCCGACGUGGAAGGAGAGAGAGAACAACAAGAAGCGGGAGCGGCGGCGCCGUGCCAUCGCUGCGAAGAUCUACUCCGGGCUGAGGAUGUACGGAAACUACAAGCUCCCUAAGCACUGCGACAACAACGAGGUCCUCAAAGCUCUCUGCAACGAAGCCGGAUGGACCGUGGAGGAAGACGGCACCACUUACCGAAAGGGAUGCAAACCCGUGGAUCGCAUGGACAUAAUGGGGGGUUCUACAUCAGCAAGUCCGUGUUCAUCAUACCAGCCAAGUCCGUGUGCGUCCUACAAUCCAAGUCCCGGAGCAUCCUACAAUCCAAGUCCUGCCUCAUCUUCCUUCCCAAGUCCUGCUCGCUACCCUGCAAAUGGAAACGGUAAUGCUGAUGCCAAUUCUCUGAUCCCAUGGCUUAAAACGCUCUCGUCAGGCUCAUCAUCCGCCACGUCCAAGCUCCCCCAACUCUUUGUUCAAGGGGGUUCCAUAAGUGCUCCAGUUACCCCACCACUGAGCUCCCCAACAUGUCGAACUCCUCGAACCAAGAGCGAUUGGGACGAAGCAGUGGCUGGCUCAAACUGGGCAGGGCAGCAUUAUCCUUUCCUGCCUUCGUCCACCCCACCAAGCCCCGGUCGCCAGGUUCUGCCUGAUUCAGGAUGGCUUGCUGGACUGCAAAUCCCCCAGAGUGGCCCAUCAUCGCCAACAUUCAGCCUUGUCUCGAGAAACCCUUUUAACUUGAAGGAGGCUUUGUCAGGUGGAGGGUCUCGGAUGUGGACUCCCGGGCAAAGUGGAACAUGUUCCCCGGCAGUUGCUGCAAGUAUUGAUCACACCGGAGAUGUUCCAAUGUCCGACGGGAUGGCAGCAGAGUUUGCAUUUGGCAGUAACACAACAGGACUAGUAAAGCCAUGGGAAGGUGAGAGGAUUGAGGAAUGCGUAUCAGAUGAUCUCGAACUUACGCUCGGGAGCACUCGAACAAGGUAAGUUGGAGGAACCGAUUAGAGGCGAAAUGGAUCCAGCGUUUGGAGAAUUCCUCAACUUUACCGUCUUUAGUUGUGUGCGAGUCUCUUGAUGGAGGUUCUUGCGUAGUUUCCACUUCAUGUCUCCAGGGUGUUUCAGUUGAUCAGUUACAAGUACAGUGAGUAGGAGCAGCUAUUUUUUUUUUUCAUUUUUUGUCUUUUAUUUUUUUCCUUAACAAAAAAGGACUAAAAAUUAAAUUAUAAAUAGUUCAUGGUCUUGUGUUAAAUUCAUUCAUCCGAUUUUAUUCUUC